AUGGCAACACGUGAUUUAAAGAGCCAAAAGGCUGGCGGGCGGUCGUAUCCGGUGCUCUCGCGGCGCGAAGUCGAGGCCAUGAUUGCCCAAGGGCGCUCAAUUAUUAUCGUGGACCAGCAUGUGCUCAAGGUGGACGCAUGGCUCCAUUAUCAUCCCGGGGGCAAGAAAACCAUUAUGCACAUGGUUGGGCGAGAUGCCUCAGACGAGGUCAAGAGCCUUCACUCGCCCGAGGCCCGCCGCCAUAUGGACCGAUAUCGUAUUGGGACGGUUGAGGGCCGCUGGGAUAACUUUCUACCCCCAAUUCAGGGCGGUGUUUUUCGCCUCGCCACUUCAUGCGACGACAGCGAGGUUGAAGACGUCACGCUGACCAAAUCGCCUUCUCCCAAUACUACGUCAUCGAGCCGUUCUGGCUCCCGAUCCCCCUCGCCGUUGUUUGACGUUUCUGAUUCUGGUCCGAGUCGCCGUCGUCGUGGUCAGCAACAGCAACAGCAACAGCAACACCCCACGGCCCAGAGAUCUGCCUCCGCAUCGUUCGUAUCGUCCGCCGAUGCUCCCGCGGAAAUAACUGACGGCAUGGCUCACCUUGAUGCCCUGACCAGGAAGGAGAUAAAAUUGGACAUGGAUAAAUAUCCCUCACUUGAACCAGAAGUCCAAGAUUCCAUCGUGCAAAAGUACCGGCUUCUGUACGAGAGGAUCAAGGACGAGGGUUUGUUCGACUGCAACUACUCCGCCUAUGCCAUUGAGUGCUUGCGCUACGUUUCGCUCUUUGCCCUCAUGCUUUCCUUUCUUCAUCGGGGCUGGUACAUUACAAGUUCCUUCUUCUUGGGCUGUUUCUGGCACCAGUUGGUCUUCACUGCUCAUGAUGCCGGCCACAUGGGCAUCACGCACAGUUUUCAGGGUGACACCUUAAUUGGCAUCAUAAUCGCUGAUUUUCUCGGUGGUCUGUCUCUCGGCUGGUGGAAGAUGAAUCACAACGUUCACCAUAUCGUCACCAAUUCGCCCGAGCACGACCCUGACAUCGAGCACAUGCCCUUGUUUGCCGUAUCCCACCGCUUUCUGGGGUCUUUACGAUCAACCUACUAUGAGCGUGUUAUGCCUUUCGACGCGGCUGCUAAAUUCCUGGUUUCCCUCCAGCAUUAUUCCUAUUACUUCUUCCUCCUCUUUGGACGCUUUAAUCUGUACCGCCUCUCGUGGGCAUACAUUAUCCUUGGGCAGGGACCAAGAAAAGGCCCUGCAUGGUGGCACAGGUACCUGGAGCUGGCGGGCAAUAUCUUCUUCUGGGCCUGGUUUGGCUAUGGCAUCCUCUACAGAUGUGUCGAUACCAAUUGGCACCGAUUUCUCUUCGUCAUGGUCAGCCAUAUGGUUACGGCACCGCUCCAUGUCCAGAUUACCCUGUCACACUUUGCAAUGAGCACGGCAGACCUUGGCGUUCAUGAGUCAUUCCCGCAGAAAAUGCUUCGCACCACCAUGGACGUCGACUGCCCGCAGUGGCUUGACUUCUUCCACGGCGGCUUGCAGUUUCAAGCCAUCCAUCACCUUUAUCCUCGCCUCCCGCGACACAACCUACGAAGUGCUCAGAGGCUCGUGCAGGAGUUCUGCAAUGAGGUGGGCAUUCCAUAUGCGCUUUACGGCUUUGUCGACGGGAACAAGGAAGUUAUCGGGAGACUGGCGGACGUGGCGAGACAAGCGGCGAUCCUGGCGAAAUGUCAGAGUGCGAUAACUGGGAGCAUUGACGUCGACGCAUCGCAUGCUCAUCAUUUCUAA